UAAGAAACACGAAGUGGAUUUAAAUUGAAUAAUUCUUGCAGUGAAAGCUCUAAAAUUUAUCCUCUGUCAGCGCUCCCUCGUUUUUUUUUUCACAGUACAAUGCAAAGAUGAUCCGCCAAAUAGCUAUAACGAUCACAGAUAAAACGGAACUGCUACAACGUUUUGUAGAUGUCUGUUCGCGGGUUGCUUCUUUCUGCAACUCCAAGUCCUUAAAUCAGGGUGUUUGCAUUCACAGCCCAAUAAUCAAAUUGGGUAUUCAAGAUCAUUUGUAUUUAAGCAACAAUCUGCUAUCUCUUUAUGGGAAAUGCUUCGGGGUGGAGCAUGCACGCCAAUUCUUCGAUGAAAUGUCGAGCAGGGAUGUUAUUUCUUGGACUGCUAUUCUCUCUGCUUAUGUUAAGGAUGAGAAACACGACGAGGCACUUGAUAUGUUCGAUCUGAUGAUCCUUUCGGGUUCAUUCCCAAAUGCCUUCACUUUCUCAAUCGUUUUACGUUCAUGUUCUGCUCUGGGAGAAUUCAGUCUUGGAAAACGUAUUCAUGCUUCUUCAAUAAAGCAUGGGUUUGAAUCGAACCAAAUUUUGUGUAGCUCUUUGAUUGGUUUCUACUCGAAGCUUAAUUCUUCUGAUGAGGCAUGUAAACUUUUUAGCUAUUUGGAUAAAGGGGAUAUUGUUUCAUGGACUGCGGUGAUUUCUUCUUCUGUACAAGCCGGGAAGUGGAGCCAAGCUUUGCGGCUCUAUAUGGAUAUGAUAGAAUCUGAUGUUUCUCCAAACGAGUUUACUUUUGUUAAACUUUUAGCUGCGUCUGGUUCGCUUAGUUUGAACCAUGGGAAAUUGGUUCAUGCCCAUAUGAUAGUUUUGGGAAUUGAAAUCAAUUUGGUAGUAAAGACAGCGUUGUUUGAUAUGUAUGCAAGGAACCGGAGGGUGGAAGAUGCCCUUACGAUCUCAAAGCUGACACCUGAGUAUGACGUAUUAUUAUGGACUGCCAUUAUCUCAGCUUUGGCUCAGAACUUCAAGUUCAAGGAGGCUGUUACUGCAUUCGAGGAGAUGGAGAUUUCUGGAAUAUUGGCAAAUAAAAUCACAUAUUUGAGUAUGCUGAUUGCUUCCACGUCAGUUAUGUCAUUAGAUUUGGGAAAGCAGAUCCACUCUAGGGUGAUCAAGACUGGCUUGGAAUGCGAUGUUCCCCUAGGAAAUGCACUUGUUGAUAUGUAUAUGAAAUGUUCUCUCUCAGUGGAAGAUGGGUUGAGAGUGUUUAGAGGCAUAGUCUCACCUAAUAUCAUCUCUUGGACUUCUUUGAUUGCAGGUUUUUCUGAACAUGGUUUGCAACAGGAUUCUUUUAACUCAUUUAUGGAGAUGAGGGCUGCUGGAGAGCAACCAAAUUCAUUUACUCUCUCUAUAAUUCUCAGGGCCUGCAGUGCAACAAAAUCUCUGAAUCAGACGUUGAAGCUGCAUGGAUUUAUAAUCAAGACUAAUGCAGACCAUGAUCUUGUAGUUGGUAAUGCUCUUGUGGAUGCUUAUGCUGGAUCGGGCCAGGUAGAUGAUGCGUGGCGUGUGGUAAGAGAUAUGAAGCAACGAGAUGCCAUCACAUACACAACUCUGGCUUCAAGAUUUAAUCAGAUGGGCUGUCAUGAAUUUGCAUUAAAUGUAGUGGGUCACAUGUUCAAUAACGAUGUGGAGAUAGAUGGAUUUAGCCUGUCAUGCUUCUUUUCUGCAGCAGCUAGCUUGGGCAGAACUGAAAUGGGGAAGCAACUUCACUGUUAUUCUGUGAAAUCCGGUUUAGGCAGUUGGAUUUCAGUCUCAAAUAGCCUAGUUGACCUGUAUGGGAAAUUUGGACUUCUAGAUGAUGCUCGCAGAGCAUUUGCAGAAAUAACUGAACCAGAUGUUGUAUCUUGGAAUGGGUUGAUAUCUGGAUUGGCAGCAAAUGGUUAUAUCUCCUCUGCUCUUUCUGCUUUUGAUGAUAUGAGAUUAUCUGGGGUCAAACCUGAUUCCGUCACAUUCUUGUCAGUGCUUUUCACUUGCAGUCAUGGAGGCUUGGUGGACCUGGGUGUCCAGUAUUUUUAUUCUAUGAGGGAAAUGCAUGACGUACAACCACAAUUGGAUCACUAUGUUUGUUUAGUUGAUCUCCUUGGCCGAGCUGGCAGGCUGGAGGAAGCAAUGGAUGCCCUAGAAACUAUGCCUUUUAAGCCAGAUGUUUUGAUCUAUAGAACUUUGUUGGCUGCCUGCAGAGUUCAUAAGAAUAUGGCUCUUGGAGAACAAGUGGCAAGGCUAGGUCUUGAGCUUACUCCGUCGGAUCCUGCAUUCUAUGUGCAGCUUGCAAAUUUGUAUGAAAAUUGUGGGCGGCCAGAUUUGAGUGAAAAGACUCGGUUGUUGAUCAAAGAUAGAGAGUCGAACAACAUUAUGCAUGCUUAGAAGAAAUAGGAACGACGAUUACUCUCUUCUAUGUAGGAGAUACAUCAUAUCGCAUUCAUGAGAUUUUUUUUGAAUUAGUUACCACAGAGUUUCAAGGAGCAGGGAUAUCUAUACCAGGGUAAAGAAAAUUAUUCUACCAGGAUUAAGAUUGCUGUUCUUCUUGGUCAUUAACAACUGUCAUAGCUAUUAAAGGGUACUAUACGUGCAUGGUCAAUUUAGCAGAGAUUCCUAUGACAUGAUAAGCAGUGCGCGAGAUGAAUCAAUUGUAUUUUUUCAGUGGAAAGUGUGUGGUCAUGCUUUGAUUUUGCAAACAAGUUCUCAAUUUGCAAAAGG